AUGAGUAGAGGGACAGUCCUCGUCACUGGCGGAGCCGGAUAUAUUGGAAGCCACACUGUAGUCGAGCUUCUCAAGGAAGGCUAUGAUGCUGUCGUCGUGGAUAACAUGGGAAAUGCUGUCCAAGGCGACAACGGACCUGAGUCUCUCCACCGAGUUGAAAAAAUCACCGGCAAGAAGGUCACAUUUUACGAGCUCGACGUCAGGGAUGCCGAAAAACUCGAAAAGGUGUUCAAAGAUCACAAGAUCACGGCCGUUCUUCAUUUCGCCGGACUCAAGUCUGUUAACGAAUCGGUCUCGCAGCCCCUCGAGUACUACAACAACAACAUCUCGGGUACUUUAAUUCUGCUUGAAAUCAUGAUGAAGUAUGGAGUCAAGCAGUUUGUCUUCUCCUCCUCCGCCACCGUCUACGGACCACCAGAACAAAACCCAGUUGAUGAGCCACAUCGUGUCGGCUUUGGAAUCACCAAUCCUUAUGGAAGAACAAAAUACUUCAUCGAAGAAAUCCUCCGAGACGUCGUCAUUGCUGAUCCUGAAUGGCGAGUUACUAUGCUCAGAUAUUUCAACCCAGUCGGCGCUCAUGAAAGCGGCCUGAUCGGAGAAGAUCCAGAUGGACCACCGAACAACUUGAUGCCAUACGUUUCUCAAGUCGCUAUCGGUCGCCGACCCCAUCUUGUCGUCUUCGGAAACGACUGGGAAACCCCCGACGGAACUGGCGUCCGAGACUGGAUCCACGUCGUCGAUUUGGCUGUCGGACACAUUGCCGCGCUCAACAAGUUGCCGUCCAACUCGGGAAUCAAGGUCUACAACCUCGGCACCGGACGGGGCUAUUCCGUGCUCGAAGCUGUCAAGGAAUUCGAAAAAGCAUCAGGAAAGGAGGUCAAGUACGUGAUUGGGCCUCGACGACCAGGAGAUUUGGCGAAUGUUGUUGCUGAUCCUCGACUCUCCGAAAAGGAACUGGGAUGGAAAGCGACCAGAGGCCUUCCAGAAAUGUGCGCCGAUCUGUGGCGCUGGCAAGACCAGAACCCCUACGGUUUCAGAAAGAAAGAAGACGCCAAAUAA